UAUUGUCACGUGAUAUGCACAGUAAAUUGAACGCGCUACAUAGUAUGUAGCUAGCUAGCUGGCUUGUAGUGUUGGUUCUGACGAAAGGGUGAAAAUAGGCUACGGAUAUUUCAUAAAUCCUAAAACUUUGAUAUACACAUACGCCCUACUGUAGAUCCGAAGUUAAACUGAAUGAAUACAGACUGAAUUUCACGUUAUAAUAAUCAACGUGAGCCUUUGUGUUUCCUAAGUUUAGCAACUAAGUUAGCUUGGCAGCUGGUCUUUAUACGAAAUUGCAGUCAUGGCAUUUCUUCAGGGUCUGGAUUCACACAUCGUCAUUGUUGGCUGUGGAAUUUCUGGCAUCGGAGCCGCUCAAAAGCUGCUGAAUCAAGGUUUUCACAACGUACGUAUCCUUGAAGCAACUGGAAGAUGUGGUGGAAGAAUACGAACGGGCAGGAUAGGCAGCAAAACAGUGGAGAUCGGUGCCAACUGGAUCCACGGGCCGUGCCAGGACAAUCCGGUGUUCCGCCUGGCCUGCCGGUACGACCUGCUGGACGCGGCAUCCACCAGCGAGGAGAACCAGGCGGUGGACGUCGGGGGCCACCCUCCCUACGUGUCCAACUGGUUCUCCAGCUCGGGCCGGCGGCUGGACCCCGAGCUGACGGAGCCGGCCGCCGCGCUCUUCCAGAGCCUCCUGCUGGAGUGCCAGGACUUCCACGCCAGCGGGGGGGAGCCCGCGCCCAGCGUGGGGGCGUACGUGAAGGCCCGGGCGCCGGGCCUGGCCGCGGCCGAGUGGCGGGACGACGGGGGGGCGGCCAGGGACCUCGGGCUCGCCACGAUGAGCGCGCUGCUGAAGCUGGAGUGCUCCAUCAGCGGCACCCCCUCCAUGGAUGACGUGGGCCUGGGGGCCUUCGGCGCGUACAAGACCCUGCCGGGCCUGGACUGCACCUUCCCUGCCGGUUACGAAGGCUUAAUCAGCUGCAUGAUGAGGGAGCUCCCGGAGGACAUUGUGUCCUACAACAUGCCGGUAAAAUGUGUCCACUGGAACGGUUCUGUCCAGAGACCUGGGCCCUGUGGGAGGGCGUUCCCUGUCUGGGUAGAGUGUGAAAACGGAGACGCUAUCCCAGCAGACCAUGUUAUUCUCACUGUUCCUCUGGGCUACCUGAAAAAGCACCAGAAGACCCUGCUGAGCCCCCCUCUUCCCCUCAAAAAGAUGCACUGCAUAGAGAGGAUGGGCUUCGGGACCAACAACAAGAUCUUCCUGGAGUUUGAGCAGCCAUUCUGGGACCCGGACUGCGAGGCCAUCCACUUUGUCUGGGAGGACGAGUCCGCUCUGGUGGACGUGGUGCCGGACGUGGAGAGGUUCUGGAUGAAGAAGCUGGCUUGCUUCACUGUUCUUAAACCCGCCGAGAGGUAUGGUCACCUGCUGUGCGGCUGGAUUUCUGGCCACGAGUCUGAGCACAUGGAGUCUCUUUCUGAGGCGGAAGUGGAGAAGUCAGUCACUCAGGUCAUACGCCGCUUCACAGGAAAUCCAACCAUCUCCCCAAAAAGGAUUAUGCGGUCCCAGUGGUACCAUGACCCAUAUACCUGUGGGUCGUACUCGUACUUGGCGACGGGCUGCUCCGGGUUCGACAUAGACACACUGGCAGAGCCCCUCCCACUGAAAGGAUCCAGGACCAAGCCGUUGCAGGUGCUGUUCGCUGGAGAGGCCACGCACGGCUCGUUUUUCUCCACCGUGCACGGGGCUCUGCUGUCGGGCUGGAGGGAAGGAGACAGGAUCAUUUCUCACUACAGCCCCUCCUCCUUUUCGGUGUCCGUUAGCUCCAAACUGUGAGGAAGAGGUGCCUUAGCGUGGUCCACUGAGAAAAAUAAAAAACCGAAGGAAAGUGUUUGGUUGGACGUAUCCAACGUACAUUCGAGGCAGUUAAAGGUGAUCUGAUUAUGAAAGGUUUCAGCAAAGGUAUUCAAUGUGCUGAUCAGGGAAUGCUGGUUUUGGAUCACUCUAUCACAGCUUUGCACAAAAUGGCACUAUUAAAUAGUACUAUGACUUUACAUUCUACUUUCCAUGUUAGCAGGCGGUUCUGUUUGGGGUGAAGAGAGAACAUUAUGAUUAUCUGUUCAGUGCAUAGCUUGUCUUUGUAUACAAUCUCCAAGAAAUGGGUCCUUGGAUACAUUUUUCUGAUUUUUAUUGACUUCAGUUUGAACAUGCAAAAUGAAUUUCACACUCCAGAUACAUACGCUUGUUAAAGGCACACUGCAGGAUUUCAGCCUGUGUUCACAAUCAAAGAAGUCUCCUUCUCCGUCUUCAACCCCACCCACUCACACUGAGUAAGUUACCCCACCUAACAUAGCUAGCUGGAUAGCUAGAGGUGACAUUAGUAUGCUGAAAUGAGUAACUGUGAGCAACAGUAAGGAGGCAGAUUCAGUUAUAGCUUAAUUAUGUUAAGGGUGAUGCUGGUUUUGUCACUGGAAUGUUAAAUUUGAAAAUUUCACACCCUCAUGAGAGUCCUUAUUGACACCAGCUUCACACCGACACUAACAUUACAGGUUCAGCAGAAAACAGGCCAGCUCUGUGUCGCUUUUAAUCCCCUUGGCAAACUUCCGCUGAUGCCACUGAGGAAAAGCAAUUCCAUUGUUGACUCUAGUUCUGUCAGCUUGUCGUUUAGCUUUGCUGUAUCUGGACUUCAUUGCUUGCAAGCUCUGCCGCCACACACACCCCUCCCCACACAGAAAAGAGCGCCACUCCCAGAAACGUCCCGAACACACACAUUUUAGAUGCACGAAGGUGCACGAAUUCGGAGACACUGCGUAAAGACCGAGAUUGUGAGUGCAUCAUAGAUAUGCUAUUUUAUAAAAUUUACAAGGUAAAAUCCUGCAUAGUAUGCCCUUAAGUGACAAACAAAAGAUGAAUUACUGAUCACGUUUUCAGCAAUGAACCCUCAGUGGCCUUUUGUUUCUGCAAGAAAUGUCUAUCCUCCUACGUACCGACUAAACUUUCAGACUUGUGUUUCUUGACAUUUUAAGUUUAGUAUUAUUCAAGGCCAUUAAGCUGGUCUGAAUGCCUUGUUGAAAUCAACGUGAUGAAAAUCUGAACUGAAUUUCUUGUCUAUAUUUAAGAAGUUUUAUAGUAGCUAUGUGAUGAUUUUGCUAUGCUUGUCCAAUGUCCGCAGUAAGUAAUUACUGAUCUUCAGUGCUGCUGAUACAAAGAUGUGAAAAAGAAAGUACUGCCUCUGUCAGUUCUAUGGUUUUACACGAGGACACAACAAACCCUCAUCUAUUCCUCAGGAAAUCCUAAUAGUAGAUUAACCUAACCUCAUGUGACAGAUAACACAAAAUAAGUGUAACUUUGUCAUUAUUUAUUCAAACAAAAGCCAACAUACGGGUGCCUUGUGAGAAAAAGUAAAUGCACCCCAUAAUUUAGUAGCUUUAGUAGUUCAGUAACAGUUUCUGCUUUUGUGUAAAGGUCGUAGUACUCUGUAUAUCACUUGUAGUGAACUUCCUUUUUCCACAUGUGGCUUCUGCAUUUUGGUUUAUUUUUGGUUCAAUAAAUAAUGACAAAGUAAAAUUAAUGUGCACUGUCAGUCACAUGAAAUUAGAUUUAUACUUUUAGGACUUGUUGACGACUAGAUGAGGGUCCUAAUAUGUAAAACCUGUUUAUUGACAGAGGGUGUAUUGUUCUUUUUCACAUCAGUGUGUAUAAUCAUUUCAUGUAAUCGUUUUCUAUCUGGAAGAUGUAUUGGCUAUCUUGCAUAAGUAUAUUUUGUGAACAAAUGAAUUGCACUUUAAUUACAUUUCUUGAAUUCAAUAAAAUCUACGUAAAUACA